AAUUUUAAGGGUGUUGACUGUCUUGUCCAAUCAUUGUAGAGUUUUACUAGAAAUCGUAUCUCGUUCAUCUAGUAUCUUAUAAGCGGUAAGUAACUAAAGAAGAAGAACAAAUAACAAAGUACCUGUUGUACACAAAAGAUAGCGGAAUGUAGUAGAAUGUACGUUCACCGCGAAUAUAAACGACAUGAUGGGUACCAAAACAUCCUGUGAUUAUAUUUCUAAUUCCAAUGAUGCAGGUAUCAUGGGAAGAAAUAGUCCAGCUGCUUUGUUGGAUAUGCUGGCAGAAGUUGCAUCUCGUACUUUAUAUUCAGAAAAAAAGGAGAUGAAAUCAUUAUUAACCUCACAAUGUAAAACUAAAUCUGAUGUUAUAAAACGUAAAACUCAAGAAAUGUGUUUAAAUGUACCUCAACUUUUAUCUAUGCCAAUGUCCCAGUUGGUGAAACAAUUUUCUGUCUUGACUAGCGAUGAGCUUAAAAGACAGUUUUCAUAUACCUGUACACUUGUAGAUGGGUGUAAUCAAAAAUAUACAAGUUUUGCCAGUGAAGGAAAAGCUAGGAAAUCUAUAAAAGCGCAUUUGGCUGAGCAUUUAGAAUAUUUAAGGACUAAUGAACAAGCCUAUUAUACUUUUACCACAAAACCUAUAAAAUAUAAAAACUUAAAAUCAAAUUUGCAAAGUAAAAAUGCACGUUUACAACAAUCGAGGAAACCUCGAAAAACUUUAAAUAAAGAAAACAAAGAUGUAAUGAUAGAACAAUCUUCAGAUUAUUUGCAUAAAAUUUUGUCGAAUGAUACAAAUUUUCAGAAAUUUGAAAAAGAGAAAGCUACAGAAAAAACAGAAGGUUUUAAUAGCUCAGAAACAAAGAAGACAGAGCAUAUAGAUGUUAAAGUUCUUGGUGAUCAUAGUUAUUUUGAACAUUUAAGAGAAGAAGCUUCAAAUCAAACAGAAAUAACAUCAUCUGAUAAUAUACUAAAUAAUUCAUCAAGGGAAGAGAAUAUUGUAUUAAUGGUGGUUGGUGCUGACAGCAUACGUAUGAAGGAGUAUUCCCAUAUUAAAGGCAAAAUAUCUGAUAAUUUAAAGCAUCAAGACACAGGAACAUUAUACAUAUCAGAUGUACCUUGGAUAGAAGAAAAUUGCAAUAAGAAAAUGGACAUGCCAACAAUUGCCAAACCUAAGGGAAAAGCGAAAUUUAUAGGAACCAGUAAAGAAGAACGAGAAUUAGCAUUAGCUUUUAUGGACCGUAUAAAAAAAAAAGGAAAUCCAACAGGCAGUAAUCUUCAGUGCCACAUUUGUGAUCCUCCACGUAGUUUCACAGCACCUACUACACUAGUAUCUCAUUAUCGAAGUCAUGCAGGAAUAAAACCAUAUGAAUGUCGGAUAUGUAGGGCAGUUUUUACAAGAAGACAUAGUUUGAAGUAUCACAUGUUGAUUCAUCAAAAUCAAACAAGAUUCACAUGUGCUGAUUGUGGAAAAAAAUUCAGACAUCCAUCACAUUUUAGAGAACAUCGACGCAGACAUACUGGAGAAGCUCCUUUUGGUUGUGAUGAUUGUGGUCAAAGAUUCAAAACAAGGAACACUUAUAAACGUCACUUAAAAACACGUCAUGGAAAAGUUCUUACUACUACUGGUGAACUUUUGUUCCUUUCUGAAGAAGACUUUCAAAAAGUACGGACUAAUAGAAAGAAAAAAAUAGACUACCAUGAUAUAAAAAGCAUAGCUAUAGAUGAAAAUAUAAUAGCUACCAGAACAAUUAUGAAUUUUCAAAAUAAUAUUGAACCACAAGAAAUAAAUAAUGAUGUUUUAGAAGAAUAUAUCAUUAAUAAGGAUUGUGAUGACAAAGCUACUGAUACAAUACAAGUUAUAGAUAAAUAUUUUGAAAAUUAUGAUAUUUGUUCAAUACCAUUUCUAAACAAGACUGAACAUCUAGAGGAAGGUGUGUCUUUAGAUAAUAACGACGAUAAUAAUAUUUCAGAAUCAGAUCAAAAAGAAGAUAUAGAUAGAAUGCAAAGUGACUUUCAAAAGAAUUCUUAUAAUAAUCUAACAGUAAUAAAAACUAUGGAAAAUCAAACUUUAUUAAAUAAAUCUGUAAGGAAUGAACAUAAAGUUAUAUGUGAAUAUUUAAAUAAAGAAUCAUACAUAGAAUCAUAUUAUAAUAAUGAGCAUCUUCAACCAAACAAAGAAACAGAUAACCAAGAAGGUAUUGAUUUGCUUCAACAUCAAAUAAAUAAUCACCUGCAAUUAGUAGAAAAUCAUAAUACAGAUUAUAAAAAUACAUCAAACAGUGAAGGACAAAAUGUUGAAUUUGUAUUACAUUUAACGAAGAAAAUGGAACCAGGAACCAUAGAUAAAGGUACUAGUUGCAAUAUAAAUGCAGACGAAGAAAAUGAAUUUCAAAAUUCAUAUAAUGAAAUACAGUCUCAAGAAAAUGAAAGCAAUGUGGAUACAUAUAUCCAUGAAGAAAAUUCUAUAAGAAAGGAUAAUUUACAAUUACAUAUGGCAGAUGAAUUAAUUGAAAAUUCCACAUCUCAACAUGAAAAUGUUCAAAAUAAUUUAGAAAAUCAUAUUUUAGUAAGAAAUACAAAUAUCAAAAGUUACAAGCAUAAUAUAUUAAAUUUAAUGAACAAUGAGACAUCUGCUGCUAUAAAGAAUAUAAACACGAAUCAAAUAGAUCAAAGUAAGCAACAAAUAUAUAUUGAUACAGAUAUGCUAAAUAAUAUAGUUAUGCAAAACAAGUGUAUACAAACUUUGCCAUGUAAUUUCACUUUAUGCUAUCAACAAAAUCAACACAAAUUGCAAGUAAAUGAAUCUACAAAAGUUACUGUGCUUAAUAAGUGUACACAAGGAAUUAACUUGAUACAAAAUGGAAAGCAAAGCGCUAUUUUGUUAUUAUCAAAUAAUGCUUCAAAAAAUGGUAUAUUGCAAAUUAAAUAAAAUAACUUUGAUAUUAUUAAUGUAAAAGAAUAAUACUAACAAAGAUAAAUAAUAACACCAAAUAUCUGCAGGAAAGUAGCAAUAUUGGUAAUUUUACAAGUUUGCACAAUUUUAUAUUUGUGCAUUUAAUGAUAAACAUUAAAAGAUGAAAUAAAUUCUACAGAUCUAAUUUUUAAAUUAAAUCAAAUUUAAGAAUUAGAUCUGAUUCAUCUUUUUUUUUUAAAUCUACACUCUUUCUAUAAAUGGUAUGUAAGCCAUUAUGUUAUAUAUGUAUGAUUAUUUUCAUAUAGAAUCACAAAUAAUAAUUUCGAAAAAUUAGUUAUUAAUAAUGUUUUGAUCUUUCAUACUAGAAGAAUUUUGCUGGUGUAGCUUAAAAUAUUUUGUGUAUAUGGUGUACAUAAGAUUACACACAAGAAGAGGAUAUAGGUUUGAAAUUUUUUCUAACCAUAAAAUUUAAAUACGUAUGUAAGUCUUAACAAUAUAAAUAAUGUUUUCUAUAUCUAGAAUAAUAUUUUAAAACAUUAAAGUGUUGCCUAAUUUUUAUUAGUAGUAAUAAUACUGUUCCUCUUAUUCUUUAAGUGAUAUGAAAAAAAUAAUGGCAUAAUAUGGAAAACUUUCGUGCUUCAUUCUAUACUUAUUCUCAUAUAUAUUUCAUUCUUUUACUUCAUGUUUAUUAUAACAAAGCAUACAAAUUUAUGACAAAAAAUCAUGAAAGUACUAUUGUAUAUCUGUUUCGAGCAUUAUUAGUUUAGUAAAAGAUCUGAAAUUAUGUAAUUGUAACUAAUAUCUAUUUUUAUAACAUUAUCUGUAUAAAAAUAAGACCAAUAUAAUCUUUAUAUAAUUAGUAAGAAUAUCAUAAAUAAUUUAAACUGUAGAAAUGUGAAGUAAUUUGAGCUUGCUAAGAAUCAGAAUAUAUUUUAUAUUUUGCUUUGAGAUAACUACUUAAUGUAACCAUUAAAUACAAUUUAUUUAAUAUGGCUUUUAAUUUAAAAAAGUUUACUUGAAAUAUUCUGUGCAAUGAAAUAUAAUGACAUGUCACAUUAAAUAUUCUAUACCUUUGAUAUUAUAUAGUUAUUUAAUAACAUUAAUGUAGUAGUUUGUCUUUCAUAAAAAAUUUCGAAUAUAUGUAAAAUCUACUUAUUAAUAGUCAUUAUUAUAUGCAAAUCUAAUUGUUUGUAAGUUGAGUAACAUAAUAUAUAAAAAAUACUCAGUAAUUUUUCUAAUUUUUUGUUAUAUUAACAACUUUUUCUAGAUACAUAUUCUCUAUAAAAGACUUAUGAAAUGUAUUAUAAGAUUUGAGAAUGUUGAUUAAUUAUAUCUCUAUAUUAUAGAAUUUGUAAUUUAAAAACCAAUGUGCCAAAUUUUCCACAUCUCUCUUUUUAAAACAUCUCUGGCCCCAUAAUUAUAGAGUCUAUUUAACAUUAUCAAAGUUUUUUAUAUAAACAUUCCUGUAAUAUAACAUAUGUUAGUCAAACAUUAGUUAUUAUGUUACAAGCACUGCUACAAUAAUAACAAUUGUUUGUGUUCUAUUUUUUAUAUAUUUUUAUAUAACAUUUAAAACACACAUCAUAUAUAAUUAAUAUGAUCAUCAUGUUAGUAAAUUUCAAUAACAUUGGAUAUUUAUAUAUAUUAGUUUAUAAUUGUUUAAUAUGUAGAAAUUGUUAUCAAUUACUAGUAAACAUUCAUAUAAUUACUUCUUAUUAUACACAUAUGAAAAAUUAUAAAGCCAUUAUUAAUAUUGUGUGCAUAUAUAUAUGUAAUGCACUACCAACAGAAAAAUGGUUUUUUGUAGUUGUGUGAAAUAAUAAGAUACAAACUUUUAUAUAUUACAACAGUAUAUUUUUCAACUUAUAUUAU